AUACUGAACAAGAAGCUAAGCAAGCCUUCAAGAUUAUUGAAGAUGGCAAACAGAAACUUUUUCUGUGUACUUCUUCUCCUUCUCACUCAAUUCCUCUCUUCUGGAUCAAGUAAGAGGACAUUAAUGAAGGAAUCGCAUGUCAUCUCCACAACACAAAAAGACAUCACCACCCCAAUAACCACAGUCCCAAACUUAGUGCCCAUAAUCUCAUCACCAUCUUCUUCUUCCCCAUCUCCAAUUCUAAACCCUAAUUCCAGUCCAGACACAGUUUCCCCAGCUUCAACACUCCCAUACACCACCACCAUUAAUACUCCAACCACACCCAACAGCACUAAUUCCUCUGUUUCACCUUCUUCAUCAUCAUCUUCUUCUUCUUCUUCUUCUGGUUCUGGAGUGAGCUGGUGUAUUGCAAGCCCUAGUGCUUCUCAGAUGUCUCUGCAAGUGGCUUUGGACUAUGCUUGUGGCUAUGGUGGGGCUGAUUGCUCUGAGAUCCAGCCUAAUGGAAGAUGCUAUAACCCCAGUUCCUUGAGAGAUCAUGCUUCUUUUGCAUUCAAUAGUUAUUAUCAGAAGAAUCCUGUUCCUAAUAGCUGCAAUUUCGGUGGAGUUGCUGUAGUCACCAGCACUAACCCAAGUUCUGGCCCUUGUCAAUAUCCCUCCAUCAGCACAAGCACAUCAGUGUUGAACACAACAAACUCAAUGGGAGCAAAUGUGUUUGGGUCAGUUCCAGUGCCUAUGACUCCAUAUCCCUCUGCCGCACCUUCAUCAUCAAUCAUUUGCUUCCCACUUGUCUAUGUUACUGUAUUCUUAAUACAAUUCUUGUCAUCAAACACUUUUUGUCUCUGAAAAUGCAUCACUAAUUACAGUAUCAGAUUUUGCAAUUUUGCUUCUCUCUCAGCAAAUCCCCCCCCCAAAACCACACAUUUUUUUGGUUUAACUAGCCGUUAUAAGUUGACCAAAAUCCUUGUAAUCCUUGUUAUGUCAAUUGGCUCAUGUGGUUUGGUCAAAAAUUGCCUCAUGUAGAUUCAAGACACAUAUUAAUGUUAGGCUUAUAAUUAUUACGAAUCAUA